UAUCAUGAGGUGAUCCCCUCACUAUCGCAGCCAUAUCCAUCCAUCCUAGCUAGAAAUGGGACGAGCUCCUUUCCUUCUUCUUGCACAGCUGCACUAGUUAGUAUACUACCUUUAGGCUUUAGCCAUCCCCUCGCUUUGUUCACCACACUCGUUGCUCUUCUCAGUUUCAGGCAGCAGUCCGUUGUUCGUUCCAUCCAUCAUUUGUAUGUUCCACUGCGACUGAGUGAGUAGAGACUUGUUGCUUCUCGCAUUGGUGAGGAGAAAAUGGUGGUCUAGACCAAUGGCAACAUGCCAGGCUCCCACUAGCGCGCCGGAGCUGUCGUCGUCGUCGGGGAGGAGCGCGACGGAGGUGAGGUCGCUGAAGGUCCAUAGCGAGUCGGAGAGGCGGCGCCGGGAGAGGAUCAAUACCCACCUGGCCACGCUGAGGAGAAUGAUCCCUGAUGCUAACCAGAUGGACAAGGCCACCUUGUUAGCAUGUGUGGUGAACCAAGUGAAGGAACUCAAGAGGAAAGCAACUGAAACCACACGAUUGCAAGCAACAGCGCCCAUCCCUUCGGAGGCCAACGAGAUCACCGUCCAUUGCUACACCGCCGCCGGCGACAACCAGACCACGUAUAUUCGUGCCACCGUCAGCUGUGACGACCGGCCGGGACUCUUCGUUGGUCUGGCCGGAGCGUUCCGUGGCCUCGGGCUGAGGGUGCUGAGAACAGAGACGGCCUCUCUGGGAGGCCGGGCGAGCCAUUUGUUUGUAUUGUGCAAGGAGGACGGCGAUGUCGGUGCGGGCCUGAGGGCCAUGGAGGGGGCCGUCCGGCAAGCGAUGGCCGAGGUCGCCUUCCCGGAGAUGGUGUGCGGUGGCAGCUCGUGGAGCAAGAGGGAGAGGAUUUUAGAGUGCUGCCCGGUCAUGUACUCCGUAUAGGUCGUUUCCUUCGGGAAGAAUAUUUUCAGAUGGAAUGCGAUUGCAAAUCCACACACGUCGAUCGCACCAAAGCGAGCAAGCAGUCGAGCCAGGGUAUUGCGAUACCUUGGGAUGUGUUUGGUUUGAGAACCAAAAGGCAUGGUAUGUCGUGGUCUCGUUCCGAAGAAAUGGGUUGGUUUCAUUCUUGUGUUCGGUUGAAGGUAAAAAAUGUCACGGGUUCGUCAUUCCUGUGUUUGGUUGAA